AUGAGGAUCCGCGGAGGAGGAAACGACUUCGAGGGCCUCUCCUACACUUCACAAGUUCCAUUUCUUCUGCUCGAUAUGAUUAAUCUUCGAGCCAUCGAGGUUGAUCCCGUGGCAGGGACCGCAACAGUUCAAUCAGGCGCAACAGCAGGUGAGCUUUACUAUGCAAUUGCGCGGAAAAGCAAGACCCUGGGGUUUACAGGGCCAACAUUUAGUAGUGUUGGUAUAGCAGGCUUUGUUGGUUACGGAGGGUAUGGUGCAUUGCGGAGAAAGUACGGCCUGGCGUGUGAUAAUAUCAUGGAUGCUCGUGUUAUGGACGUUAAUGGAACAAUUAUUGAUAGGAAUUCAAUGGGGGAAGAUCUGUUCUGGGCAAUCAGAGGAGGCGGACCUUCUAGUUUUGGAGUUGUGCUUUCCUGGAAGAUAAAACUCGUUUCUGUUCCGGAGAUUGUAACGAUUUUUACAAUCAAGAGGACUUUGGAACAGAACGCUACGGAUAUCGUUCAUAAGUGGCAAACGGUUGGCCCGAAUCUUCCGGAUGAUGUGGAGAUCCGAAUCAAAGCAUAUCCCGCGAAGAAAGGCACAAACAUUCCAUCUCCUGAAACAGCAUUGACGAGUCAAUCUAGCAGUGAUCCAAAAAGUGAUACGACGAUAGUUGUGGAAUUCGUGGGGUCGUACCUCGGGAAAGUGGAUAAACUAGUCCUUCUAAUGCAAGAAAGAUUCCCGGAGUUAAAUUUGGUCAAAGAAGAUUGUUCUGAAGUUAGUUACAUUCAGUCUGUGCUUGCUUUCUCCCUGUAUUCACCUCAACAACCCCCUGAAGUUCUCCUCCAGAGAUCGAGAUUUAAAAUCCCGACCAAGGUAAAAUCAGCUCAUGUAAGACAACCAAUUUCUAAAGAUGGGUUGCAUGGAAUCUGGGACAUGCUUCUCAAACUAGAAAAUGCGACAAACAUUGUCUUCACAUCAUUCGGGGGGAAACUAAAUGAAUUUUCUGAAUCAUCUACCCCGUACCCACAUAGACCUGGUAUAUUGUACAUGGUUUACAUUCGAGUACUUACAUCCGGGGAUUCGGACAAGGCCUUUUCUUGGAUCAGAAGUUUAUACAGCUACUUGGCUCCCUAUGUAGCAUCUCCAAGAACCGCAUACGCAGGUUAUAGUGAUCUUGACUUGGGAGUGAACAAUCAAAGUGGUGUGACCAAUUACACUCAAGCAAGCAUAUGGGGUAAAAUCUACUUCAAGAAUAAUUUCGAUAGAUUGGUUCAGAUCAAGUCGAAAGUCGAUCCUACUAACUUCUUCAGGCACGAGCAAAGUAUUCCUCCUCUUUAA